GAAGUGAAAUGAAAAAGCGCCAAUGGCGUCGACCGUGCCACAUAUAACCGAGCAAAGGCUCUUUUGGAGAUAAUCCGGAAGAAUGCCUAGGACCGUUUCAAGACAUCUGUGAGAAUUAUGGAAACCCGCCUUCAGGAAGAGAUUGCCACAAAUGAUCUGGCUUCCUCCACGAUCUCCAAGUCACGCCAUGCCAUUUUUGCGUCCAUAAUCGAAGAGCUCAAAUCAAUUUCCUCUCACUUUUGCAUUCCAGCUCUUCCAAUAUGAUUGUUCUCCAUAUUUAUUCU